UAAAAUACAUAGCCCCACAUUUGGACGUAGGUCCUUUAUCGUGAUUCCUGCCUACGAUACUUCCGUAGCGUUAGCGGUUUCUAGGUUUAUUCAUCCCAGUGACAGUUGUAGUUGAUCUGGGCGGCAGUAAAUGGUGUCUGGGUACUGUGUUUAAAUGCAAAGCGAUUGCUUUAAAAAGCGAAAUAUCUGGCCCUACAUAGAGCUGGCUGUCUCUGCGUGCUGUGUUCAGCUCUCAGGUUUCCGGGAACCGGCCGGUUUUGUCGGGAGCGAAGAUGGCGAGUCGUCGGAUCGCGCAGGAGACUUUCGACGCGGUGGUGAAGGAGAACAUGGAGGAGUUCGAGAUGGACGCCGCCGAGGCGCUGAUCGAGGCGGUGCAACAGUUCGAGUCUCAGGGUGUGGACCUCAGUAAUAUCGUGAAGGCUGUCCGGACGACUGCUUCAGAGGACACCGAAGAGGAGCAGACACACAGUGUUCUGCAGGCUUUAGAGUCUCUGCAGACCUCCUUGAAGUCCUCCUCUACAGACAGCUUAUGUGAGGGUCUGCAGCGCUUCACAGAGCAGUGCAAGAUGGACUUUUCUCACCGCUACUUGGCUGCCCAGAAGGAUGCCUAUCCCAUAAUCCUCUCCUACUGCAAGAAGGCAGGCGGAGAGAGGAGACCUCUGCUGGCAGCCCUAGGGGCCCUGGCAGCCCUGACAGAUGGACAGCCAGACCUGCUGGACACAGAUGGGCGAGACUUUCUGAUGGGCGUCUAUAACGAGCACCAGGACGACCCUGGCGUGACCUGCCUGGCCGUCCGAGUCGUGCGCCACUGCUGCUUGAAGCACGAGCAGAACCGACAGGACCUGGUGAAGGCCGGCGUGCUGGCGCUGCUGACGGGCACCAUCUCACGGUACAACUCCCAGCCAGAGUUAGUCAGGGAGGCCUGUGCCACGCUUAGGGUCAUGACCUUCGAUGAUGAUGUAAGAGUCCCUUUUGGCCACGCCCAUGACCAUGCCAAGAUGAUUGUGCUGGAGCAUAGUGGGUUAAAGGUCAUCAUCAAGGCAGCAGAAGCUCACUCAGACAACCCCAGCGUCCUGAGCGAGCUCUGCAGCACGCUGUCCCGUCUGGCCGUACGGAACGAGUUCUGUCAGGACAUUGCCGACAUGGGGGGUUUAAAGUUCAUUAUCACCCUGCUGGCAGACAGCCUGGACCACCAGGAACUCGUGAAGCAGGUGCUUAGCGCACUGAGAGCCGUUGCUGGGAAUGACGAUGUCAAGGACUCUGUGGUGAACGCAGGAGGGACAGAGCUGAUUGUGAUGGCGAUGAACAGACACAUGAGCAAUGCACAGGUCUGUGAGCAGGGCUGCGCAGCUCUCUGUGUCCUGGCUCUGCGCAAACCCCACAACUGCAAGGCGAUCAUGGAAAGUGGGGGGGCUCUGGCUGCCCUGCAGGCCAUGAAGGCCCACCCGGGGGACGUCCAUGUGCAGAAGCAAGCGUGCAUGCUGCUGCGGAACCUGGUGGCUCGGACCCAGGACUUCAGCCAGGUGAUCCUGGAGCUGGGCGCGGAGGCCCUGAUCGGCCAGGCGCUCGCCUCCCACCGGGACUGCGGCGACGUGGCCAGGGCCGCCCUCCGCGACCUGGGCUGCCAUGUGGAGCUGCGAGAGCUGUGGACGGGCCAGAAGGGCAGCCUGUCCCACUGAGCAGGCAGGCAGGGGCCGAGCCGGGGUCUGCCGCUGUCUGGGCAAGACGAUGUCCAGGGCAGCAGGGUGCCACAUCAGAGUGAGGGUCCCCAGUCUGGUCACGCACAGGGCACCCUGUUGUCUGCUUGUGACAGCCCUUACUGUGUUCAGUCCUUUUGAUAGCCAGUGAAGAAUCCUAAAUACUUCGUCGGUGCUCGUCACCAUGCAUGUCAGUGACACGUCAAAGAAAGCCCGCCUGUCUGUCUGUGUGAAUUCUGUGAAUGUGCAUUAUGCUCUCCCAAACAUCUGCUCAGUCCUGUCCGCUGUACCUCUGUCCUGAAAUCGCUGUCCAGCCUGUUGGCCACGAGCAGCAGAAGCUGUGGCUUUAUCACCGGAGUGCAAGGAGUGCUUAUCACAUGUAUCCAUUCGGUUCCCCAAAUGCCCUUUUGAAGACGCCGUGUCCUCUAAUUUGUACAUUUGUAUUCCUUAGUAUUAACAUAUUUCUUUUUAUUUCACCUGUUAUGAAAAGAUGGACUCUGUACUUAUACGUACUGAUAAGUUCAAUUCCUUUGGAGUUUUAUAUGGAAAAAUAAAAAAAAGUAACAAGAAUUUA